CUCUCGACUCUGCUUUUUUUCCUGCCCUCUUUUGAGCAUCCUUUGGUGAUCGUGUAGACCACAGCCGCAGUGGCUAGAAGCAGCAUCCAUGGCCUAAACGCGGAGCCCUAAAACAUCCACCGGCCCGUCGUACGAGGGACACGGGGAUCUUAAACUCGAGGCUGGAAGUGUACUUUUUUUUUUCUCUCUCUCCAUCUGGUAACCAGGGGCUUCUCUUCUCCCCUCCUCCCGUUUCAGGCUCCUUGGAGAUAGAGGAAUGCAAAUUUGCAAUCAUGAUGGAAGGAUUAAAAAAACGCACCAGGAAGGCCUUCGGGAUACGGAAGAAAGAAAAGGACACUGACUCUACGGGGUCACCGGACAGAGAUGGUGGAGAGCCCCAAGACACUGAAUCGCCACAGAAAAAGACCAACGGGGCUCCAAAUGGCUUCUAUGGGGAGAUUGAUUGGGACAGAUAUAACUCGCCUGAGGUAGAUGAAGAAGGAUAUAGCGUCAGACCAGAUGAGGCAGCCCCCAAAGAAAAGUCUUACUUUUUCUCCUCCAGUGAGUCUGAAGAAGAGGAGGACCACCGCAAAAAGUUUAAGAUCAAAAUCAGACCGCUGCCAGCGGAUGCUAACAUUGCAGCUCCCUCCGUGGAUGAACUAAAAGCCUCCAUUGGCAAUAUAGCUCUGUCCCCCUCGCCUCUGAAACGCAGCCCGGGGCUGGCAAAAAGAAAUCCCAGUCAAGAAAUUGCACGACCGAGACGUCCUGUUCCAACGCCAGCCCCAGCUCCCGCCCCUUCCCCGACACCUGUGCCCCCUCCUGAGCCUGCUAGUAAUAAGAAAUCUCCAGAGCCAGAGGAUACAACAGCCUUAUUUGGCCCUCCGCUGGAGACAGCCUUUGAUGAGCAGAAGACCAGUGAAGUGGUGAUAGAGGAACCUGAGGUUUGGGGUGCACCCCUGCCUGAGCAACACCUAGACUCCUCUCUGGCAAGACCUUUUCCUACAGGAACUCUGCCUCCAAUUCCGCCUAAGAAUGUGCCGACCUUCCCCCCUCUGAUUGAAUCUGCUGCUACAGAACCUGCCGAUGGGCAUAAAGAAGAUGAGACCUUGCAGAGGCCCUCUAUAACUGAUCUAGACAACAUCUUUGGCCCAGAAGACUCUUCAAAACCUGGUGAAGAUGUUGGAGAUAAGUGGGUCUGCUUCAACGAUAAGUCACCUGAAAGACUUCCUCCUCCUUCAGAAGGAGAACCAGCACCUCCACUCCCCUCAUCUCCACCUCCCCCAGGAGAACCCGUGCCCCCAUUACCUAAAUCACCACCUCCAUCAGAAGAGCCGAAUCCUCCUUUACCAAAAUCUUCACCCCCUCCUGCAGAGCUGGUACCUUCUCCUCCUUACAUUAAGUCACCAAAGGAUAGCCUCCCACCUGUUCCCAAAGACACCACUCCUUCUCCGGCAACUGUCCCUCCUCCUCCGGUUGAAGAGGCCCCACCCCCACUGAAAUCAGAUGAUCUUUCUCACUCCAAAGCAGACUUUUCGCUAUGUGCUCCCCUGACAGAGACCCAGUCAGUCUCAACCAACAGCCCGCCAACCACUGUAGAGACAAGUGAAGGAACAAUCACUUCACCCUUGGUUCUGAACCAAGAGGACAAGAAGAGCCCUGAAGAGAACCCAACAAAAGAGGACCCAAGUGAGAGCAGAGCUUCACCCAAAGAGAUUGGUCAAGGACCACGUUCGACACCUCCUCCUCCUCCACCUCCCACAUACAGGGCAGUAGUGUCAUCCCCAGGGCCCAUCCCUCCAGCUGGUACGAGUGGAAAUGAAAGUGGCUCCACCUCCCCUCCACGUCCCUCUACGCCAUUGGCUACCAGCAGCUCUCCCCCUCCCCCUCCCCCUCCUCGGCCACCCUCACGACCCAAACUGCCUCCUGGAAAACCAAGCGUAGGGGAUGUGAAUCAGCCGCUCAGCCCCACUGUACACUCGUCAAGUCCCCCUCCUUUGGCUCCGUUGGCCCGUGCAGAAAGCACUUCUUCAAUCUCCUCCACCAACUCUCUGAGUGCAGCCACCACUCCCACCGUCGGUAAAGAGCUCUCCGUGUCUGUGUCAGAAGACGAUGCUUUUGUAGAAAAACUUCCCAGCUUUGAGAGACGGGCAGACAUGCCAGCAGGCUGUUCUCGAGGGCCCAGUCCCCUCACCAUGGGGGCCCAGGACACACUGCCUGUUGCUGCAGCUUUCACAGAGACAGUUAGUGCCUACUUCAAAGGAGCUGACCCCAAUAAGUGUGUGGUGAAGAUCACUGGAGAGAUGGUGUUGUCCUUCCCAGCAGGCAUCACACGGCAUUUUGCAAAUAACCCCUCGCCUGCUGUGCUAACCUUCAGCAUAACCAACUACAGUCGUCUGGAACACGUCCUUCCUAACCCUCAGUUACUGUGCUGUGACACCAUGCAGCCCAAUCCUAACUCAAAGGAGUUCUGGGUGAAUAUGCCAAACCUGAUGACCCAUUUAAAGAAAGUGUCGGAGCAGAAACCACAAGCAACUUACUACAAUGUAGACAUGCUGAAAUAUCAGGUGUUACCGAAGGGCCCACAAUCCACUCCUCUAAAUCUAGCAGUGAGCUGGAGGUGUGAGCCCACCAGUACUGAUCUGAGGAUAGACUACAAAUACAACGGUGGGGCCAUGACCACUCCUGUCGCCCUAAACAAUGUUCAGUUCCUCAUCCCUGUGGACGGAGGCGUCAGCAAACUGCAGGCUGUGCUUCCUCCAGCUGCCUGGAAUGCGGAACAGCAGAGAAUCUUAUGGAAGAUUCCAGAUAUUUCUCAAAAGUCUGAGAAUGGAGGUGUGGGAUCUCUGCUGGCCCGUUUCCAGCUGACUGAGGGUCCCAGUAAACCCACCCCGGUGUCAGUGCAGUUCACCAGUGAGGGCAGCACUCUGUCAGGCUGUGACAUUGAGCUGGUUGGCCUUGGAUAUCGUUUUUCCCUCAUCAAGAAGAGGUUUGCAGCAGGAAAAUACAUGGCAGACAACUAAACAACACCAUGCAAGUCUGCAUAUUUUGGACCAAUUCUGAAUAUUUAAAACACAGGACAUGACCCCAACCUGACCUUAUGGAUAAACCUUUGUAGAUGUACAAUACAGGUGGACCUCACACACACUCCAGAAGUAUUAUUGUAAACUUGCAUUGUAAAAUGUGGACCGUUUUAGGGUGUACUUCUAAUUGUGAACUGUAUUCACUUUGCAACAUCUGUUUUACGGCAGUUAAAUGACUUGGGUUUGUUCGUAAGGUUAAGCCUCUGUUUCUGUUCGACGUGUUAUUGGCUGUGCCUACCUGAACCUGAAUUCUCUGUAUCCUUCUUUAAAAGUGAUACUGAACAUGUGAUGUUUUUAUUACUCUAUGCAUUCAGUAUCAAAUUUUCGAACAAGGUAGCAAAUUAGUACAGUGAACAAGUGACUGUCUAAAAGAUGAAUGAGCCUCAGCCACAAGAUGGCGCUAUAAUGUUGCAUGUAAUAUGAGGUCUGCAUCGGAUUUUGGUAUUGCUCAAGCUUAUUUAGUUAUGAAAACGUAUUCAGGAAUAUCUCAUUUUCAUUUACACACCACAGUCAGGUUCAUUAAUUGGAAAAUAAUGGAAAUUAUAUUUUGUCAAAUCUGUUUUUAGACAGCCACAGCUUUAAAAAUGUCCCGCUUGCAGUAGACUCAUAAAAAAAAAUGAUUUCGCUCAACAGAAAACUCAUUUUUAAAUUGAAAAUAUAUAUCUUGAAGGCCGUUUGGUGUUUUCUUGUAUUGUUAAAUAGCCUUUCUGUUGUUCCCGAAGGAACAGUGUUAGACAUCAGAGUACAUGACAUCAUUCUAUUUUUAUUUAUUCAUGAUUUGUUGUAUAAAAAAAAAUUAAUUAAACAAGUUACACUGUAUAUGAAUAGACUUUGAAUGGUAUCAUAUUUAGGAUCCUUGAGGUUUUUGACUUUUUGUUAUCUGUGUAGUUGGGUAAGCUGUGUACAGUAUAAUGCUGGGGUAUAAUUUUUAAAUUUAUUUCAGAUAUGUUUUUUUAACUCAAGUGCAACAGAAAAGUUAUGCUAUAUUGGGUCAGGGGUGCAUUUGAAAGAGAAAACGAAACAGGAUACUGUAUCUUACCCAGAUGCGUCACGCUUGAUGUUAUUACAGUGUUAUGUAUAGCAGCACUAUUAGUUCAACAUGGAUUGUCAGCUUUUGGACAUUGUAAAUUCUUUUAUCAUUCAUGCAGAUGUGUUUGUAUCCAGCCUCCUGAGCAUGAGCCCCUGCGCUUCAGAACAUCUUUAUUUUGCAAAUGGUAAUGGUCUCUGUGAGAUGACAAGGUUCUCGAGUGGUUAAAUGACCAAAUCGCUUUUUCUUUUUUCAUUUAUACGUGUAUCUCCAGAAUUGUCCUUUAAGAGAAAAUAAGCUGCAUAUUUUUUAAAUGUUUAAACCUAUGAAUAAAGUGAAAAAUAUUGUUUCUUGUGGAAAAAAAGGAAAAGGAAAAAAACUAAAACACUGUGUUACUGUUUAACUUCCCAGAUGCUCUGAUGUUCAAUGUCAAGAACAAACAUUUUGGUUACAUGUUUGAGUGUGUGAUGUAGACGUUGUGAUGGUUUGGAGAAGAAUAUGCUGGUGCUUUCUGAGUCACAGGUUUCCAUCCACAUUUAACGUUAAGGAUGAGCACCACCAUCUGUUAACACUGCAUUGCAUAUUUUCUGAGCACUUAACUAAAGGGGUUUUUAUUGCACUGAGUUCAAUCGAAGAACAAAUUGGGGUCUGUCAGCCGAGAGAAAAAACCUAUGAAUUUAAUUGCGUGUAAUGCUUAAUCAGUAUGUCUACAUGGUCUAAGUGAAAUGUCAAAAUGUGACCAAAAGAAAUAAGAAAACUCGUAUCAGUUUCGAUGUAGGUGGAGCUGUGUGUGAAUGUUGAAUUGCAUUAGUUUGUGUGAAGUUGUGUAUGUGUUCGAGGAAGAGUGUGCUUGUACGAGUGUGUGUGUGUGUGUGUGUGUGUGUGUGUGUGUGUGUGUGUGUGUGUGUGCGCGUGCGUGCGUGCGUGUGUGUGUGUGUGUGUGUGUGUGUGUGUGUGUGUGUGUGUGCAAAAGGAAGAGUUUAUGAGUGUGUGUGUGUUGUCUGGUAACUGUAAAUCAUUUUUUCUCAGCAACAUGUGCAAGAUGUGUUUGUACAAAAAAAUGUUAACAAAGAUCUGAAAUCCUGAGAUUACUUUGCUCUCUCCAAAACAAUAAAACGUAUACGCCUGAUAAA